AUGCAGGUGCCCCCCAACGAUUCCACGUGGGAGGUCUCAUCGAAGAAGAAUAGAGGUAAAUCGGGGCUUAGAGGCGAUGGAGCAAUAGGGAUUGUUGGUGGCUGCCAUUCUGGCAUAGGCGACAUCGGAGGCUUGGGUGGCGCCAACUUUGCGAAGGGAGAGAUGCCAAUAGAGAGAGGCGAUGCCUCGGGGAGCGCAGGCAACACCUUGGGCAAUAUGGGUGGCGCCCUAAGCAUCGAUGGGGGAGCCCAGCUCCAAGGAGGCGCCAAAGAAAAGAGGGGGUGA